UGCAUGCAUGGCAUUAUGGGUGAUCCUGCCUUCCCAGAGUUCCUUUCUCCAUGUCCUCACACGUGCACCAGCCAUUUUAGGUUAAAAUGUGAUUCGUUUCCAUGAAGCGUAAGUAAAUUCGGAUUCGGUGCGAAUCGAAUUUUUCCUGAAAUUCGGAUCGAAUUCCACUUCGGCAACUUCGAUUCACUCAUCUCUAGCUGGGAUCAGGCUAUAAUGCCACUUCUUAGUGACCCUCAUCCCAUUUACCUGCUGGAGCCAGUAAUACCGCAAUAUUCUAUAAUGUUUCUCUGGUAAUAAUGUAGUCUUCUCACGCAAUUUUACACAAAAAGCAGAAUGUUACAGAACCCCAGGUAUGAAGGAAGAGGCAGAAAUAACAAUCAAAAGACAAGAAAAAAACUUUGAAAAAAGCCAUUUGACUAAAGAGAGAAAUCUUUGACCACAGCUGUAGACAGGGAGGGUGAGGAGUUGCCUCCUGGAGGUGUAGCCAAGAUGUAUAUUUGUGGAGAUUAUAAAGAGCACAACUUCCUCAUAUGACUCACUCAGGAUCUGGAUCUGACAUUGAACCUUACACCCGAUCAGAGGAGGGAACGGCAGCAGCAGUGGCUUCUUCUCAGAGUACAGAAAUUGAGGAAAUUAUAAGCUCGAAGUCAUCUUUGGGAUAUUUCAAGCUAAAAGAAUUAUUAUCCGUAGAAGAGAUCUAUAAGUGUCUACAGAAGAAAAGCAUUAAUAAGGCUGGAAAAAAUAUGAGAUUCAACAUUGAGCAAAUCCGAUCAGAUAUCUUCCUUCGUCCUUCAGUAGAGUUCUCCAUCACUGGUCUUCAGCACUGCACCACCCUGGAGUCCACCAGGAAGAUUCUGGAAUCACAAUCCUUUAUAGGAACAACUAAGGGAAGAUUAAAAUUGGCAAACCUUUCCUUCUGGGCGGUGGAUGUUUCUUCCCAUGACAUAGAGAAGGCUCGAAAAGAAUCUUACACUCACGUCCAAAAACUUGUUCGGAAAUGUGAGGCAGAGGAAUAUGAAAAAGAAUUAAUGCAACAAUUCGCUAACUCUCCAGCAUUUAAUAAAUUGGCCUCUCGAUAUGGGAACUUCCAGUUCUCCUUCCAGUUCUCUGACCUCCUUUCUCUAUAUGAGGCUCAGUUUUGUGUAGGUCAAAAUCCACAGCUCAGUAUUCUGGGAACGGACAUCUAUAAGCAGGAGAUUGUUCACUAUGUGGUCGUGCACUGUCCUGAUAACAGCCGAUUUAAAGACCACCCAAGGGUUCCCAGGCUCCAAGUAAGACAUGAUCCUCUACCAAAUGUCUUUUUACUGGGUGAUACCUUGUACUGGAGACCUGAAUCCACCUCAGAAAGUCUGGAGGUAUUGAGUAAGAAAGGUGAAAUUAUAGGAUGUCCACUCCAACCAACUUGUGACCUGUAUGAGGAAAGCAGGCACUGUAAUCAUAGAGUCAACUGUGUGUGGAACCAACUGGUGAUUGCUUUCAAUGUUCCUUGGGGUAAUCAAUUUAAAAUCUCAGUGGAUAAACUAAUUAAUAACCUAACCGCCUGUGGAGAUCUUCAGCCAUUUAUAAACAAAUCAAAAAUGGAAAAAACUGAUGCAGAAAAAUGGAUAUCAAAGUUAAAGAAAAAGUAUCCAGGAAAAAGCCAAGAACUCCAUCCAAAAGUAGAUUCCAGUCAUGGAGAGCAGUCUGACAGACGCACUGACCGGACGCUUCUUACUGACAACGUAGAAGAACGAAGAGAGGGCGCCCCCCCCAUGGGGAAUGAAGAGGUUACAAUUACUCAGAUGGACACAUCGACACAACAGCCUCUGUCCAGACAUGUCCGGGUGAAGCAGGAGAGGACUGGAGGCUCGGUAACUGGAAAGCAUGCUGCUGAAAGGGAGAGAAGAGGAGGCCCUCGUGGAAAUGGAGAAAAUGUUGAACAAUGUGGUCCGCCAUUAAAGAAAAAGAAAUAAAUAGAUCACACGUUGCUCACGGCCCCUUGGAUCUCCCCUGGUGCGGUGCACGCAGACAGGUGGUUGUUCUGGAAAUGUCCAUUUUACACAUGACAUUGAGAUGAACGCUUCCACAGUGAAAGAACUCAUUGCCCAAGACCUUUCCUUACUUGGUGCUGCCUGAGGCAAUCGCCUCACCUCUCCUCAUUGGCGGUGCACCCCCGCUCCUAUAGGCCAUCAGGUGUGGACAGUUAUAUUCUGGUAUCUUUGGAAAUGUCUGUCCCAAUAUGAUCCAAUUUUUUCCAGAAUAUUGACUGUGGAGACAAAAGUAAUCCUAGACCUGCGUGCACUGUCCUUGUCCCAUGUAAUAUAAUGAAUGGCCCUUACAAAAUCAAAGUGCAGAGGAUGCGGCAGUUGUAGAGAGAGCAGAGCCUAUAGGGGUAAUGGUAACGCCCCCGUUGCUCCUAGAGGCUCAUUUGCAUACAUUAAAACUUCAUUUUUCUCAGAAAUGCUGCAGAACAUCUCAUAGGCGUACAGAAACCAAACAGACACCAGGACACAAGACAGAAUAAUUUAUUAAAAAGGACACGACUAGAGUUGAGCGGACACCUGGAUGUUUGGGUUCGACGGGUUCGGCCGAAUUUCUGAAAAAAGUUUGAGUUCGGGACCCGACCUUGACCCAAA